AUGGCCGAGAAGAAGAUGGGCCAUGCGCUCACCAAGAUGCUCAAGGAGGGCCACAUGGGCAUGAAGGACAUCAAGAUUGUGGCUGUGGGCAUCAAGGAGGACGAGUGCAAGAAGUUUGAGAAGGAGAUGGGGGUGCACACUAUGUGCAAGGAUGCUUGCAAUUUCAAGCAGUGCCAGGAGGUCUUCGACAUGCACAAGCAGGAGGGCAUCCUCGGGGUGGUGGACACGAUUGGCGACUUCGCAUACAAGCCCAUGGCCGACAUGACGGCUGAUGACGUCAUGAAGGUCGUGCAGGCCAACCUGCCGUCGUCCUUCAACAUCCUCAAGCUGGGGGCGCCCCUCCUGGCGGAGGCGGGCGGCGGCUCCAUUGUCUGCGUCAGCGCCGCCGUGGUGCACCACGGCAUGAAGCAUCACGAGGCGUUCGCCUGCGCCAAGGGGGCCGCUAGCCGUGACGUGGGCUGA